AUGGCCGACUUUUCUACACUCAAUGGCAAUGCCAAUCACGAGUCAGAGAAGAAAAGAACUCCUAGAAAGCUAGUUCUUUGCUUUGACGGAACCGGCAACACCUUCACCGGCUCCAACUCUGACACAAACGUGGUCAAGAUCCUGAGCAAACUCGAUCGCAAUGAUCCUGAUCAGUACCAUUACUACCAGACUGGCAUUGGCACGUACGACAUCAAUGAUGAGUCUGUCAACAAGGGCGUAUUUGGUGAAUUCAAAUCUUUCAUCUCGCAGACCAUUGAUCAAGGAAUUGGUACGACUUUCGACGCUCAUGUCAUGGCCGGAUACCGUUUCCUCAUGCGUUACUACGAUUCCGGUGAUAAGAUCUACAUGUUUGGUUUCAGCCGAGGAGCCUUCACUGCCAAGUUCCUUGCCCGCAUGGUUCACACCGUUGGUUUGCUUUGCAAGGGAAACGAGGAGAUGGUCCCCUUUGCAUACCGUCUCUACCAGCGCUACUUGGCUGGCGAGGUCGAGGACUUCAUUGUCUCACACCCUAAGAAGUCCAAGAAGGAGAAGAAGCACAAGAAGAACAAGAAAGCCCCUGCCAAUGGAGACGUACCGACACCACCACCUGAACUAGAAGAUGAAGCGCCCCUGCACGAGGGCCAUCGCGAGGAUGAGAACCCGGCAGUCCACGGGGCCAAGUACGCAGUUGCUAGAGACGAGAUUGCUGCCUUCAGCGACACCUUCUGCCGCAAGGAGAAGGCGAUGCACUGCGGAAAGAUGGAGGAGUCCAACAUCAAGGUCUUCUUUCUCGGCAUCUGGGACUGUGUCAACUCCGUCGCCGUCUUGGAGCGGACUGCACCCGUACCUGUACCUGUAGUCGGCACUGCUCACCAUGUACGCCAUGCUGUAGCAGUCGAUGAGCGACGCGUCAAGUUCAAGGCAGCUCUCCUCGCCCAAGACAUGAAGGAGUCAGACCACAAUCACGAAGACAUCAAGGAGGUCUGGUUCCCGGGCUGCCAUGGUGACGUCGGCGGCGGCUGGCCUGCUUCUGCCGAGAGUAAGCUUGACAAUGGCAUCGAGAUGACCUUCUGGGAGCGCGUCAAGAACUUUUGGACCACACGGAAGGAGAAAGCAGCCAGCAGGGCUCUGGGUUGCGACCGGCUUCAAUUGAGUGAUGUUCCACUCGCUUGGAUGAUCCGUGAGGUUAAGCUUGUUGGUAACAAGGAAGAAGUUGCAGCCCUCAAGUGGCGCGACAAUCUUGAGAUCUUUGAGAAGCGCUUCGCGAAGAAGAAGGACAAGGCCACAAUGGGUGUCAUUCAUGAUUCACUAGCAUAUGGCCGUGGUACAAGCUUCUUCCGCGUUCUUCUGUGGAAGCUCAUGGAAUGGUUACCCUUCAUUACUCGUUGGGAGCUCGAAGACAAUGGAUGGGAGAAUGUCCGUUUCCCGCUCAACAAAGGAAGCACGCGAGACAUACCCAAAGACGCUGUGCUUCAUGAGUCCGUUCUCUGGCGGUUGAAGCACGACCUGAAGUAUUGCCCAGAGAACAAUCAUGGUGGCCGACUACUUCCUUGCCUGAAACACAAACACAACAUUGCGGAAUGCCAUCCUGUGGAAGAGCACAUCCAUGAUGAGAAUUGUGACCAUCAGAUCUACAAGAUUACAAGGUCCGCCUCUGAUCUUGCUACUCGGACUUAG